CAGAAAGGAAGCAAAAAAACCCAGCUGAAGUGCGUACUAUUCAGAUUAAAUAGCGAGAUGGGAGAUGUAAUUGGGCGAUUAAACGCUUGUGCUACCAAAGGAAAAUUUCAGAAGUAACUUCUAAUGACAAUGGCAUCUCCCACAAACAUGGCACAAGAGGUCAUCACCUGUGACCUUUGCCCUAAGCCUACUCAGCAGUUCUGUAAUAACUGUCAAGUAAGUUUAUGUGUGGACUGUGUCAGUAAACAUGUGGACAAAUCAAAUUCGAAAUCCCAUGAUAUUGUUUAUUUCACCAAUAGGAAGAUACAGCCAAAGUUUCCGGACUGUAAAUUUCACUCAAACCAGCGAUGUGAGGCCCACUGCCAACAAUGUGAUGUCCACGUGUGUUUUCAAUGUAUUUUUGGUCCACAUAAUGGCCACAAUGUAAAGAAAUUGCAAGAAAUUUUCAAUGAACAGAAAAUGAAAAUUGAAUUUGACAACUGGGAAAUUAAAUCAAACAUCUAUCCAGAGUAUAAGAAGAAAAUAGAAUAUACAGAGAAGAGAAUAUCCAAAACAACUCGUGAAUUUGAAAAGCUUGAAAACGAAACUGAAAAACAGAGAAAGCAGUGGCACCAAGAAGUUGAUAACAUCUUCAACAACCUUAGUUCUUCGAUCAAGUCCCUGUCAGUAAAGUAUCUUUCUUCUUUAAACGAGCACCAUAGAAAAUUAAGGAAAAAUAUUCAAGAUAUGAAAGAAACCUUUGAACAAAACAAAGAAAUCUUGAAGACAAACAGAGUGUCUGAGGUCAACAACUACAAAUCCAAACUGACGGAAUACAGAAACAUACCUGCUGAUGUCUUUAUCGACAUUCCCUCAUUGAUCAUGACAACAAUCAAUGAUAAAGAAUUUGGCCUAGAGUUAGGAGAAUACAGGGUUACAUUAAAGCAGACGACAUCAUCCAGUUUGGAGAAUGGAGUCUCCUGUUUAUCCACAAAAGAGUUAAGAGAUAAAGCAAGAGUCAUAUUUAUCAUUCCCACUGAAGUUAUACCACUGUGGGAAGUAGCCUGUGUUGGGAAAGAUGAAGUAUGGAUUAGCGGUGAACACAGCGUCAUAGAACGUGUUGACACGUACGGAUCUCAGCAGAAAUGUGAGAUAGGCCAGUGCUGUCCGGAUGACAUUUGUGUGACCAAACGGGGAGAACUAAUUUACAGCGAUUCUAUCAAGAGCACAGUUAAUAUUGUCAGAUCUGGGAGGACAAACCCUAUGGAAAUGAUGACCACACCACAAGGCUGGAGACCAUUCAGACUGUGUUGUACCAGGUCAGGAGACAUUCUGGUUAGUGUGAAAGGUAACAUCCAAAAUAAAAUAUUACGUUACGAGGGAAAUUCCGGUAUACUGAAAGAGGAAAUAGAUAAGGAUGCCUAUGGAUUUCCAAUCUUUGAAGAAGGCUGCAAUAUACUAGCUAUGGCAGAGAACAACAAUGGUGACAUCUGUUUCUGUACCGAUAAUACAAAUGUCCUGAUCGCGGUGAACAAGGCAGGAAAAGUUCGAUUCCGAUACGAUGGUACUCCAGCUAGGAGAAGAAAGACGUGUAGUUUUAGACAGGUUGUGACAGAUGCCGUGAGUCAGAUCAUUCUGACGGACUACAUCAAUGGUUGUCUACACAUCCUGCAUCACAACGGACAGCUCCUAAGAUGUGUGGAUAACUGUGGACUAGAUAAACCAUUUGGUUUGAGUCUGGACAGUGAGGGGAGGUUGUGGGUAGGAUUGGCGAAUUCAGGAGAAGUGAGAGUGAUUGAGUAUAUGGAGUAGACUGUGUUUAUGUUAAUAACAGUGAAAGGAACAGUCCAAUUACAGUAUACCCGUGACCAAUGUAUAGUAUUACAUGUACAGGAAUACAUGGACAGUCAACAUACAUCUUCUGUAGUUUCUAUCUAGGACCAUCAAAACAUCUGAUAUCGGACAAUAAGUGUGGCUUUGAAUCAGGUGUACAUCU